ACGCGGAUGACACGCACACGCUCUCUCUGUUCCACACACACGGAGGCCAGCGAGGGAGGCAAGAGUGGAGAGGAGAGGACAAGAAGCGGAGUAGAGGGGAAAGCGCACGGAAAGAGAUCCGCGGAGAAAUGCCCGCUGGACGGAUGGAUUUUAUUCUCCCCGAGCUGUACGAGCAUUUGUAAGACGACAAUGGGGUGCAUAGGAUCCCGGACGAUCAGCUGUCCAGCAGCAGACGCGGUGCCGGUACGGAAAGAUGGCGAUCAGCAUGGCCGUACCGAGUUUUCCUGGGAAGGAAUCAAUUUGUCUAUGGAGGAUACUACUUCUAUUCUGCCUCGACUCAAGAGCAAACCCAACAACAACUACGGGAUUGGUGCCCUGGCUAAGUCCUCUCUGUCAGGUGUGUCAGGUGUGACCCGGUCAAUGAAGGACAAGGUGACCAAGCCCACUGCCAUGGCCCAGGGUCGGGUCGCCCACAUGAUCGAGUGGCAGAGCUGGGGCAAACCAUCGGCGGGGCCGACGGGGGGCGCCGGCCUUGCCAACCUGCAGCGGCAGAAGGAGAGGAGGAUGGAAAACGACGCUUACAGCGACCUCAGCGACGGCGAGAAGGAGGCUCGCUUUGCAGCAGGCAUUAUGCAGCAGUUUGCGAUCUCUGAGGCGACGUUGUUUGGCUGGAACUCGAUGGACGGCGAUAGCAUGGGAGCUGGCUCCAACCAGGGCAGCGUUGCUCACUUGAGCGAGGUCAACCAGGAGAGUAUUACCAGCCGAGACCAGGUGCUUCAUCACUCCUCUGCGGACGUCUGGCCUCACACCUACGUCUCACAGGGACUGUACUGCCUGUCUUCCUCCGAUGCUUGGGACCCGAUCACCAGCCAGCCUUCGGGCAUGGUCUCACCCGCCGCAGGCUCCUACAUCAUGGCUGCCGGAGGUGGGAGUGGAGCAGGGGGCACCCCUGGAGAUGGGUACGAGGGCUCAGUUGGCGGUUACCUUCAGCAGCACCAGGCUCAGCUUACACUGCAGCAACAAAGUCAACUCCAGCAACUACACCAGCUUCAUCAUUACCAGCAGCAUCAGUUUCUGCAGUACCAACAACAACAGUCUUCAGACCACAGGCUACACAGCGCCUCCCCUUCCCUCCAAGUCACUCCCAACAGCACCAUCCACAGUCUUGGUCCUCCUACUCACCCCCGGCUAGCAGACCUAUGGGGGGCUGCUCAGAUAGAGGCCCAUCAGGUGGAGAUUGUUGGGCAGCUGAGUGCACAGAUGCUUGACAUGGUUGGAGGGGUUGUAGAGACAGUUGGAGAGGAGCCAGAACCUGAAUCUGAAGGGAUCCUUGAGCCACAUGAAGAGGAGGAAGAACUGACAAGGGUAGAAGAAGUAACACUGACCUUAGAGCCGGAGCCAUGCUCUUUAACACCAUCCCCGCUGAGGGAGGAGGCGCCCACGACAAGAGGCUCAAGCCCAGGAAUACCAGCGCAGACUGCAGAACCUAUUCCAGAGAGAAAACCUUUCGAUGUCACCCCUUGCGUUGUCCAAUCACUCGAAGAGAGAGACGAGGAAGCGGAGGAGGGCUCCAUUGUCGUCGUUGCAACAAACUGAGUCACAUGGUCCCCAAAAAAGAUGAGAACUUCAGUAAUUAAUCAAGCUACUACCCCAUCCCUUCCUUCUCCUAAAUAUUUACCUUUCUAAACUAAAUGCUACUACAGCUGGAAAUGUUGGAUGUAAUGUAUACAAACUAGAUGCCAUCAACCCCCAGCCUCCCAGUUUAGCAUCAGAAAAGUGGACCUUAACAACGCUAUGGACAAGUAACAUUAAAAGAGAACAGGGAUGUAAUGUCUUAGACUGCUGAAACACACAAUCUGAAGAUAAGAUGGAUUAAAAAUGUUUGGACUAACUGGACUAACAAGCCAGACCUGGAAGCCUAAUUGGGGAUAAAGGGAUUGAUGCAAAAUUCCCCCAAACCAACAGACAAAACUGUGUGAUAAAGGAAAAUCAAGAAAAUAUGUGCAAUACAAUAUUCAUGGAUACACAAUUGCGUUUGGUUCACGUUCCUUGGAGCAACAGAAGUCUCAGAAAGAUACCUUUGGAGAGCUGUUUGGUUUGCUAAUUGAUGCAUUUUGGUUGGACUGCGUCCCUGCUUAAAGCAAACAGAGACAUCUUAAAGGCGCAAAGUCAGACCUCAAGGCCACCUGAGGCAUGCACUUGGAGUUAUUUGCAAACACACCAUCUGACCACAACCAAAAAAUGCAUGCUUUUCAACAGUGACCUAGCCCUAACAGUAUACAGCAGUAUAAAAGUAAUAACAUUUUUUUUACAAUAAAAAAAAAAAAUCAAUAAACUACUAUGUAUAUGAACGAA